CAACAAAUCUCAUCUCAGGCUUGCCAGAUUUUCCACCCAGCAACGCCUGCAGAGCAGACAGCAAGAUACAUAUGUGAGGAUGCAAAAUCUCGCCCUUCCCUCGGUCGAGAGCUCUCGAGAUGCGCUCACACCGGCUCUGCCGACGAAGCCGCGGUACGGAGAGCAGACCCCCGUGUCGAGUUUCGGGUCCUGGUCUCAUUUGAUUGCUGGAGCUACUGGUGGAAUGACCACGGCUAUACUUACCAGCCCUCUCGACGUUCUCCGAACGCGGCUACAAACCGACUUUUACAAAACCCAGAGCACGCCACGUCCGAUAGCCGCCCAGACGUCGUUUGUGCGAUCAUCACUCCUCCAUUUCCGCGAAACUUUUGACAUCUUGUUUUCGAUUCACCGCGUCGAAGGGUGGCGCGGGCUGUUCAAGGGCUUGGGGCCCAGCCUGACGGGGGUCGUGCCGGCCAGCGCGGUCAAAUUCUACAUGUACGGCAACUGUAAACGGAUCCUGCCGGAUUUGCUGGGCUUAGAGAAGGACGCGACGCUGGUCCACGCGCUGUCGGCGGCGUGUGCAGGGAUCGCCACAGGAACGAGCACGAGUCCCAUCUGGGUGAUCAAGACGAGGCUGCAGCUGGACCGCGCGGGCGGGUCUCGCCGGUACAAGAACAGCCUCGACUGUGCACGCCAGAUCUUGCAGCAAGAAGGGCCGCGCGGUCUCUACCGUGGUCUGACGGCCAGCUAUCUCGGAACCAUCGAGACGACACUGCACUUCGCCAUGUACGAGCGGUUGAAGGGGAUCAUCUCGAGGAAGCUUGCUCCCGAGGGACCGACCGAGUCGAACCGCUUUGCGCAGGGCGUUGCGGUCAGCGGGGCGUCCGGCUUGUCGAAGUUGUUCGCCUGUCUUCUUGCCUAUCCUCAUGAGGUCAUCCGAACUCGACUCCGCCAGGCCCCAAUGGCAGACGGCCGCCAGAAAUACACGGGCAUCAUCCAGUGCGCACGACUGAUCUUGAAAGAAGAGGGUCUGGCCGCGCUGUACGGCGGCCUGACGGCGCAUCUGCUACGAACGGUGCCCUCUGCUGCCAUCACCAUCGGGACGUAUGAGCUGGUUCUCAGGCUCCUCGAGUAAUACCUUUUGCAUCUGUAUACUAACUACCCAUAACCUUCUCAUAAAUAUUUCCCGGUUAAAUAAUUACAUCGCAAGCUAAUUCAUGAAAAUAAAUCUUUUGCCAUUGCCA